CCCCGCCCCGGGCCCACCCGGCCAGCUCGCCUCUGCCGACCGACCUCACGCCCAGCACCUCCACCCCUGCUCCAGGCUCUCCGCGCAGGACCUCAGGAUGGGAGACGAUGAGAAGCGCAACAGGGCCAUCACGGCCCGCCGGCAGCACCUCAAGAGCGUGAUGCUGCAGAUCGCGGCCACGGAGCUGGAGAAGGAGGAGAGCCGCCGCGAGGCCGAGAAGGAGAACUACCUGGCGGAGCACUGCCCGCCGCUGCACAUCCCCGGCUCCAUGGCCGAGGUGCAGGAGCUCUGCAAACAGCUGCACGCCAAGAUCGACGUGGCCGAGGAGGAGAGGUACGACAUGGAGGUCAAAGUGCAGAAGAGUGGCAAGGAGCUGGAGGACAUGAACCAGAAGCUGUUUGACCUGCGCGGCAAGUUCAAGCGGCCGCCGCUGCGCCGGGUGCGCAUGUCGGCCGACGCCAUGCUCAAGGCCCUGCUGGGCUCCAAGCACAAGGUGUGCAUGGACCUGCGGGCCAACCUGAAGCAGGUCAAGAAGGAGGACACGGAGAAGGAGCGGGACCUGCGUGACGUGGGCGACUGGAGGAAGAACAUCGAGGAGAAGUCGGGCAUGGAGGGCAGGAAGAAGAUGUUCGAGUCCGAGUCCUAGGCCGCCCCUGCCCCCCAGCAGAACGGGCGGGGAGGGGAGGCCCGGCCACAGCUCCGCUGUCAAUAAAGAUUGGAAUCCUCUGA